CUGAGCAGUCAGCUGAUUGUCAAACUUGUGGAAUCUAUUCUUCUAGAAGAGUCGGAACUCGAAGUGAUUCCCUCAUACCUUCUGAAUUUCUCUUUCCAGUAUAUGGCGAUUGACAAUAAUCGUCGUACAUAUUUAGACAGCAUCUUAGCAGAAACUCCGUCUUCAGGUACUUUUCUGAUAGUGACUGAUAGAUACAGCCUUGAAGAAAUGCCUUCUGUAGGGGAGAGAGCUGAUCAACAAAUGUCUGAAUUGAAUAAAGAUAAUGUGAAAGUUGAUGCUUAUUUUGAAAAUUAA